AUGAAUCACCUGAACAGAGUUUGGAUGGCCGCCACCGUAGCCGCCGUACAGGGCUCCCACGCCGACCAGGGAACCAAAUGGAAAUCAGGCCUACAGGCACUCCACCACGGAAAGAGGCGAUUUUUCUCCGGAUCCGCCGAUGCAGCCGAUCUCCGCCCGCUUUCCGCCGCGGUCGUAUCCGAUCGGGCCGGAGUCGCAGGAAGCCGUGACGUGGAUGAGGGUUUGAGGCAGAGCGACGAGUCAAUGAGACGAGUCAUGUACCUCAACUGCUGGGGCCAGGGGUGA